AUGCUCAUUUUUCAUAAUGUCUGCUUGAUACCCAGCUCCUUCCAGCUCACUGACAUCCCAGGACUGGAGUCCUUGCACAUCUGGCUCUCCAUUCCCUUUGGCUCCAUGUACCUGGUGGCUGUGGUGGGGAAUGUCACCAUUCUGGCUGUGGUAAGGGUAGAGCAUAGCCUACACCAACCCAUGUACUUCUUCCUGUGCAUGUUGGCUAUGGUUGAUCUGGUUCUGUCCACUUCCACUAUGCCCAAACUGCUGGGAAUCUUCUGGUUUGGUGCUGGUGACAUUGGCUUAGAUGCCUGCUUGGCCCAAAUGUUCCUCAUCCACUGCUUUGCCACAGUUGAAUCAGGCAUCUUCCUUGCCGUGGCUUUUGACCGUUAUGUAGCCAUCUGUGACCCACUACAUCAUACCACAGUGCUCAUUCACGGUGUGGUGGGACAUUUGGGGCUGGCUGCCCUCCUCCGGGGUGUUCUCUACGUUGGACCCCUGCCUCUGAUGAUCCGCCUGCGGCUGUCCCUUUACAAAGCCCGUGUCAUCUCCCACUCCUACUGUGAGCACAUGGCUGUGGUUAUUUUGGCAUGUGGUGACAGCAGGGUCAACAAUGUCUAUGGGCUGAGCAUUGGCUUUCUGGUGCUGAUCAUGGACUCAAUGGCCAUUGCUGCCUCCUAUGUGAUGAUUUUCAGGGCUGUCAUGGGGCUGGCUACUCCUGAGGCCAGGCUUAAAGCUCUGGGGACAUGUAGUUCCCAUAUCUGUGCGAUCCUGAUCUUUUAUGUUCCCAUUGCUGUUUCUUCUCUCCUUCACCGGUUUGGUCACCAGGUACCUCCUCCAAUCCACACCCUGCUGGCCAACUUCUAUCUCCUCAUUCCUCCAAUCCUCAAUCCCAUUGUCUAUGCUGUGCGCACCAAGCAGAUUCGAGAGAGGCUUCUCCAAAUCCUGAAGAGAGAAACUAAGAUCAGAUGA